AUGUUUCGUUGCAUAUGGAAAAAUCCGAGCUCUCGACUGUCUUGUGAAGACAUCAAAAGUCUCGGGAAGACACUCGCGGAUCUCUGCCUUGCAUAUAUACCCUUGGCCGGAACCACAUACCCUGACGAGGCUCAAGAACUCGGGGUAGUGGAAGAGAUUGCCGUCCGGGACACUCGUCAUGCGCAAGUCGUCGUGUAUCACCCGGAUGGCCGAUCAAAGACGUACAUUUCAAAGGUCUUUUACCCGCUGUAUUACAUGUACACGGACGAAGAAUUUCAGGAUUAUCAAGCAGACACUUUUCUCAACGCCUACAAGGACUACACGAACGAAGCUGGUGCCUGUGCCACAAUGCAGACAUGGCCAAUGACAGGCCGUCUCAUCCGAAAGUACAGCGCGUCUUGGAUUUUCGAGUUGACACUCGACACUGCGUCAUCGCAAUGA